AUGGAUUUUACAAUUCCAAGGAACUGCUCUCAAGAAUUGGAAGACAAAUUACUGAAACUCAUCAAUGAAUAUCAAGAAGGUUAUCUUACCGAAAAAGGCUACAUAAACAAAAGACUAGAAAUUCUUCAAUCUGCGUCUCCCAGACAUACUGCUUUGGCGAGGGCACCAUUAUCGAUUAAAGCAACUACCGUAAGCAACUCCACUUCCACUUCAACCCCCGUUGCAUCAGAAGUUCAUGAAUACAAACUCCAUGUAGGUGAACACAAAUUUUUUCCGGAUGAUCCCAAUGAAGGUCUGACCCAACCUUUGACGAACGAGGAUGAGCUUUUACCAUACUUUGAACCCUCUGUGAACUAUUAUCAGAAACCUGACAUACCAAGGGAACUACAGAAACCUCUCGAUCCAAGAGACGUUGACGAUAUGCUCGAGCAGAAAUUUAACAAUCUGCCUAGCAUUCUGAGACAUAGAGGCUCAAUUUACAAGAGGGAAGCUGCGAUAGUCAUUGUUGAUGCUAAGGGCAAAGAAUCGCAGUCCAUAUCUUGGGAAAGACUAUAUUUGAGAGCUGAAAAAAUAGCACAAAAAAUCAAAAACAAAGCAGCUCUUUAUCCAGGUGAUCGUGUUUGUCUAAUUUAUCAGAAUACCGAAGUCAUAGAACUAGUCAUUGCUGUGUACGCUUGCUUUUUAUCUGGGACGGUAGCUGUUCCGAUGAAUAGUGGUUUCUCAGUCAAGGAGUUAGUUAAAAUUAUGACUGACACCCAAUCUCAUCUUUGUUUAAUGUCUGAUUCCGUCUACAAGCAUUUUGAAAAGCAAUCAAACGGAUCCAAACUUACAAUAUGGCCUAAAGGAAUGGAUAUUUGGAAAACAACGGAUAUGGGACUGGCUGCAAAGGAUGAAGACCCACCAGCUAUGAAAAUCAGUGAUCUCGCCUAUAUUCAAUAUACCAAAAGCUCUUUCGGUGAACUUAGAGGUGUUGUCAUUUCUCAUAGGACUAUAAUGCACCAAAUGAGCUCAUUGUUGUCAAUUUUUACGAGCGCGCCGACUAUGGACGCGCAGGAAUUCGUGAGAUCAGAUAUGAGAUUUUCAAGCUCUAAAAAUGUGUUUUUAAGCACCUUGGAUGCUCGUGACUCGGUUGGCCUAAUUUUUUCAGUAUUAUUUACUGUUUUCACUGGGAAUACUCUUCUUUGGAUGCCACAGCGAUUGACGGAAGUUGCAGGGCUGCUAGCUCAUGUGAUAUCAAAAUAUAGAGUUUCAGUUAUGAUUUCCGAUUACUUGAGCUUGAAGCAAGUUGCCUACAAUUACCAGUCUUUUCCGCAAAUGACCAGGACUUUCAAUAAAAAAGUCAAAGUUGAUUUAUCAUGCGUUAAGUGGUGCCUGAUAGAUACAGUUAUCGUGGAUUGUGAAUUCAAUGAUAUGCUUGUAAAUAGGUGGUUCCGUCCGCUAGGACAUAAGACUCCGCGCCACAUCAUCGCUCCUAUUUUAGCCCUCAAUGAACAUGGAGGGAUGAUUAUAUCAAUGAGAGACUGGAUAGGUAAGGAAGAGAAUCUUGGAUGUACGUUCCAUAGUCCGAUGGCGGAUGAUUUGCCCAAUGAUGCUUACGAAGAUGACGAUGAGAAUGAUGAAAACAACAAAUUAUCGGAGCUUUUGAUUGACAAAGCUUCGCUAACCACAAACACUGUUAAGGUCGUGAGCGAUAGACCUCCUCCAAUUUCAACUUUAAUGGACAACAGUGAAUCUUCCAAGUACAUUAGAGUAGGUGCAUUUGGAUACCCGCUGCCUGAUGCCACUCUUGCAAUUGUAAAUCCUGAAACUCGGUUUCUCAGUGGCAACAUGGAAGUUGGGGAAAUUUGGGUGGACUCACACUGUAUCUCCGGAGGAUUUUGGAGCCUUGCAGAUGCUACCCAGACUAUCUUUCAAGCAGAGUGCUCAGAUUAUGAGGGAAUCCUCAACUUGAAAUUUGUUAGAACGGGACUUCUAGGAUUCACAUACAAUGGUAAAGUCUACGUUUUGGGCCUCUAUGAAGAUAGAAUCAGUCAAAAAGUAACAUGGUACGAUCAGUACUUGCAGCAGAAAAAGAAAGAUGGUACACACACAUUGAAACAACCAAUGAAUCAAUAUAGAUAUCACUAUGCGAGUCAUUUGGUAAAGACGCUAGUCAGAAACAUGAACGAAGUCUCUGAUUCUUCAUUUUUCAACAUCACGAUAAAUCGUGAACACGUGCCUGUCGUGAUCAUUGAGUCUCCAUCAGCUCAAAUGUUACCUGCAGCAGUAGCGACACAUUCUGGAGAUCGAUUGAACUAUCCAGCUUUGGACGAAAUGGCUUCCAAAGCAUUUCAAAUUCUCGAACAGAUGCAAAAUGUCCGCUUGCAUUGUAUUCUUAUAUGUGCGCCAAAUUCACUUCCAAGAACUCCACGGAGUGGUAGACCAGAGAUUGCCAAUAUGCUUUGCAAGCGGCGGUUUAUGGAGGGAAAAAUACCUUCUGUUUAUGUGAAAUUCAAUCUAUCGAAUUCACUGAGUGCAAUACCCCAUGGAGAGGACAUUAUGGGCGGGAUCUGGUCUCAAUAUUCUUUCAAUUCUAGAUUGGAGGCCCUUAAAUACACAGAUCUCCAAUAUUCAGGUCUGGAUCUCAGGGAGAAAUGCGUGGACGAUCGGACAAAUUUGGAGCUAACUGAAUACAAAUCAAUACUUGAGCUGUUCAAAAUAAGAACUUCAAAACAGGCUGAUGAGAUGGCAUAUGGAAUCAUUGACAGACAAAGUGUUAAAGAAAGCAAAGCACUGUCUUGGAAAAAAGUGGAGAUGAGAGUAUUUGCAGUCUGCUCUUACAUUUUUGAAAAGCAAAAUAUCAAAUCCAGUGAUUAUGUCAUAUUGAUGUACCCUUUAUCAGAGGAAGUGAUUGUUUGUCUAUAUGCUUGCUGGCUUGCGGGGCUGGUGCCCAUUCCUUUGCCCCCUUUGGAUGUGACUCGACUUGAUGAAGACACAUUUUCACUUGUAAGCAUCAUUAAAGAUUUCAAUGUACAAGCAAUUUUCGUGAAUAAUGAUACGGAAACAUUACUGAAAAACAAACCAGUGAACUCGAAGCUCAAAACCCUUUCAAACCAAAUGAAGGCCAUAAUUCCCAAGUUUCGAAAUACUUCUAAACAUACCAAAUACCCCAAUCACUCAAAGAUGAUGUAUCGAAGAAUGGAACAGUAUAGAUCCAAGCCACGAAAUAAGAGAGCUGAAUGUCUUGUGUGGAUUUCUUGGACCGAGGAUCAUCAGUAUAAAGGAACGAAAUUACGGCAUUCGAAUCUGAUGGCGAUGUGUAAAAUUCUGAAAGAAACAUGCCAAAUAAAUAGCACAAGGCCUUUAUGCGCUUGUGUGAGACACUGUUCAGGACUUGGGUUCCUUCAAUCGAUGAUGCUCGGUGUCUAUUUGGGCACUACGACAUAUUUGAUAUCGCCUUUAGACUAUUCAUUGAAUCCCUCCAAAUUUUUCUUAAGCUUGGAUCGUUACAAAGUGGAAAACGUGUUUGUCACAGAAAAAAUGAUCGCGUAUGCCAUCGAGAAUCCUGCUCCAAAAAAGUGUGAUCUCUCUUCCCUGAAGAACUUAAUGAUUGGAUGGGAUGCCCGUCCAUCCGGAAAAUUAUUAAACGACUUUUUGAAUCAUAUGCAACUGACAGAUUUGUCGCCUUUUGCUGUAUCCAAUGUGUAUCAACACGAUCUCAAUCCUAUGAUAUCACUGAGAUCAUACCUGUCUUUUGCUCCCGUUGAUUUAUGGGUCGACCCUCUCGCUUUGACUCAAGGAUAUGUGUCAUUGGUCAAUCCAAGUGAUUCACCGUUUGCAAUUCAUUUACAGGAUUCUGGCAUAGUACCUGUGAACACACAAUUAGCGAUCGUCAACCCUGAAACAUCUAAAAUAUGCAAAGUUGGAGAGUUUGGAGAAAUUUGGGUUUGCUCCGAGUCGACAGUUUCAAAUGUAACAGUAACUCAGACAGGACAUUUUGAUGAUUCUAGACUUAAAGCCAAGAUUGAAAAUUGGAACCAAGAUCUGGAUUAUAUGAGGACUGGAGACCUUGGAUUUUUACACACCAUAGAAAAGACUUUAAACAAUGGAAGCGUCGUUGAAAUGCAACUUCUUUUCUAUUUGGGGAAAGUUGAACAGACUUUUGAGGUCUUGGGAAUGCAGUACUUUGCGAUUGACAUUGAAGAAUCCAUUAAUGCACUCGUUGAUUCUAUACUAAUGACAGCAAAAUCCCUCCCUACAAAAAGCUGUGUUUUCAAAGCUGGUGACUAUGUUGUAGCAGGGAUUGAAACGGGACGACCAACAAAUCACUUGAGUUCGCUAGUGCCGUUGAUCGUCAGCAAAUUACUUAAUCAGUUCGGGCUUAUAGUCGAUAUCGUUAGUUUUUACGAACCUAACCAGAUGCCUAUUUCACGACUCGGUGAGGUGCAGCGUGCUAGAUGCCUGAAGAAGUGGAUGAAAGGAGAACUAAAAUUACUUCAAACGUUCGGCAUCAGUGAAGGUGAAGGAAAAAUGAAAAAGGUGAUACAGUUGAUUGAAGAAACAACCGACAAGUCAUACAGUGAUGCAAAACUAAAAUGUUCAACAUGA